GUGUGUCUGCGCGGUGGCCAUCUUAUACUUCCGUUCUUCAAGGGUAUCCGAAAGCACCAAAGCUAGACAACAUGUACCGGUUUGCUAAAGCCGCCGUUAACGUCACCGGUCAGGCCGCAAGGCAGGUGAGGAACAGCGCCACCGCUUCCGAAGAGGUGUUUCAUGCCAAGUACGGCGUCGCCCUGAUGGUCGGUGGAACGGUCUUCUGCACGGCUGUGUGGUCAUACGUGCUGACUCAGACUGGCAUAACCUGGAAUUUGUCACCUGUUGGGAAAAUGAUGCCCAAACCAUGGAGAAAGUCCGAGGAGUAAAGAUCCGCCAUGACAUACCUGCAUCUUACCCUAUAAAACUUCUGGUUGUACAGCUGAAUAACAAUAAAUGUGUGUGUUUAUUCGAAAAAAUUACUUUGUCCAAAUAAAUUAAGAGUGAUUCUA